AUGAGCGGAGCAAUUAUGAUCGGUGCAAUUUACAACAAUACUCCAAACGGAUUUUUUGACGGCUAUCUUGAUCAAGUAUUAGUUGUGACACGAGCCAAAGCUGCGAGUGAAAUUUUAGUUGAUGCUAGUCUCGUAUGUUAUUAUUCGUUUGAUUCAAAUUCGACCUAUGACUCGGGACCAUUGGGUAUCAAUGGCUCAACUGUAAAUGUGGCUGCAGCGGUGGGCUCCGGUCGAGUUUCUGACGCUAUUUCAUUCACGAUAUUGUCAUCUUACUAUACUUUUGGUGGAUUAAGACUCUUGGGCACUGAUAACCAACCUUAUUCAAUAUCUGUUUGGAUAAAACCAACAUCGGUUAGUGGCGGUACUAUAAUUCAUGUAUCGAAAUGUAAUAAUAAUUGUGGUAUAAACUGGUGUUUGGCAUACAUGGGCUUUUCCUCGAGUGGUGAAAUUGUAAUACAAUCAUUUAGAUAUCUUAAUUCUGGUAGUCUUAUCAGUUUAACCGGUCCUAUUUUAUCGACAAAUGUGUGGACUCAUGUUGUAAACACUUACAGCACAUGUAAUGGUAUACGUUUGUAUUUGAACGGUACUUUAUACAGUCAAUCAACGUCAUUUACAUAUAUGUCAAGUAGUGCACCUAACUACAUGUAUCUCGGCAACUUUCCACUGACACCAUGUGUUGUACAGGCAAGCAAUGUCAUAUUAAUGGGACAAUAUUACGGACUUCUCGAUGAAUUUCGACUCUAUUCGAGAGAAAUCACAGCAAGUGAAGUUAUGACAUUGGCGAAUCCAUGA